GUUUUGCAGUUCAGAAGAUCAACAUGCAUCGGAGAAUACCUGUGAAAGGCCAUCAUAAUCAGAUCUUCAACCCAAAUGAGAUGAAUACUAAUCCAAAAAGCACAAUUCGGCAAAAUACUGGUAGUGACCAAAUUCGCCGUCAUAAGUUGUCAUCCUCUCAGCUCAUUCACUUUCUGAGGAGUCAAAACCCAAAACAAGCGUCUGAACUGGCUUCAUCGGCUGAUGAAGUCGAAUAUAUGACAAACAUAACUGAGGCGUCAUCAAGGCUGAUGCAGCAACAAAACCUUAAUGCAAUGGCAUCUAUGGAUCAGAGAGUCGUGGCAGUGACCAGUGUGGAGAAUAAAGUCAUUUCUGAGGGGAAAGUUUCUGAACCCAUAUUUGCUGAGAAAAACAUCAGCGUUGAUUGUGUGGCCUAUCACUGGAUGAUUACCACAAAUAGUGAAUUGUGGGACACUGGGAAUAUUUUUUCAGACCCAAAUCACUCUACGGCAGAGCCAUUCCCAAAUGAAAUGGUCGAUUUCCGUUUCCAAGAUGACUGGAAAGUUGCUAACCUCUCCAGCCAAAGGUCCUGUCCCUCAGAAGAAGAGUCGUGCCCUAAAGGCUCCAACACACUGACUGAUGAACCUGAAGAUGAUGACGGUGUGCAUGUCCAAAUCCCAGAGUUUCAGAGUCGCAAAUUUGAGGAGAUCCCAGUUGUUAUCACUCGCGUUGUUCACCCAAACAAGUUCUUCAUCCAACACGAGGACACAAACCUUUGUGAACUGUCUGAAAUCAUGCUUAGGAAUAGCAGUAGAUCUUUUGCAGAGAUGAAUAGUGUCCCAGAUAUUGGGGCUUAUGUCAUGGCAUGGUUCCCCAAGCAGGAGGUCUGGUGCCGUGGCCAGGUCAUCAAAAUAUUUCAGUUGAGUAGAGACAUUAAGGUGGAGGUCAGGAGGAUUGACUAUGGAGACGACGUUUGCGUGUCUCUUCGGGAUAUAAAGGAAAUGAGUGGAGAAAUGGCAUCCAGACCCGUGCAAGCGCUGCAGGUCUCACUGGCAAAUGUGAGGCCAAUAUUUGGAGAAACCUGGUCUUUUGAAGCGAUCAGCUGGUUCAAAAGCAAAGUUCAGAACAAGACCCUUUAUGCCAGGAUUUACCCGGAAGGAGAAGUUGAGCUCUUCAUGGAGAAGGGAAAGAUUGGUGCCAUGAGGAGAGGUGAUUCCCUUUCUGAGAGACUUGCACAGAAUAGAUUUGCCAUUCACAGAUGUAACCAGCACAAGGGGUUAAAGAGAAGUGAUGUCCAAGAACGAGCCCGAAAACGGUCCUCCGAGUGGGAGAAGUAUCUGAUCUCCUGUUACCGUUAAAACAGGAAGUGAUGUUGUCUGUUCCGUCAUCCCCAAAGUUUGUGCUUUUAACGUUGAUGCGUUCUUCUCAACCUUAUACAUACUUUACAUUAUGCGCCUUUUACAAUGCAAAUUUAGUUGCAUGUGUUUUUACUUUCACUUAGUUUGUGUACAAUGGACAUUAG